UAAAUACUAAAUACAUAGGCCUACUGCUACUUUUAUUAUUGCUAAUCAAAAAUAUCUACUGACGUUAGAUGCCUUGUUAAAAAAAAAUGAAUAACAUCACCAAAGGCAGAAUGAAAAAGGAGCUUGAGAUGUUUUUAAACUCGCCGCCCUCUGGAAUAUCAUGUGUCCCAGUAAACGAUCAACUAGAUAAUCUGUCAGCUCAGAUCAUUGGUGCCUCUGGAACUCCUUUUGAGGGUGGAGUAUUUCAUCUUGAAAUCCAAAUUCCAGAGAGGUACCCCUUUGAUCCACCAAGAAUACGGUUUCUUACCCCUAUCUAUCACCCUAAUAUAGACACAAGUGGUAGGAUUUGCCUAGAUACUCUCAAACUUCCACCAAAGGGAACAUGGCGCCCCUGCCUUAAUAUAUCAACUGUGCUGAUGAUGAUCAGAGUUUUGAUGUCGGAGCCUGGGUCUGAGGAUCCCCUCAUGACUGAAAUAUGGCAAGAAUUUAAGUAUGAUUACACAACCUACGCAGAAAAAGCAAAACAAAUGACUCAGCUCAAUGCAAUGAAUAACAACAUCUGCAAAGAAAAUACACACCUGAAUAAAAGAGACAAAGAAGACACCAGCAGCCAUGUUAAAAGUGUACUGGACAAUACACAGAGCAACAAACGACCUGUAGAGUUCACAGAACAGCUGGAGAAUAUACAAAACCCUGAGGAUGUUUGUAAAAAGAAAUCAAAGUUGGCGAGGAAAGUAAAGAAAUGAUGGUUAUGGUUAUCAGAUCUAUUUUGUUGUCAAACACAGCUCAGAGCAAACUUGAAAUAUUUUCAUGGGGAUGAAAUUUUAAAUCCUGGACAGUCUAACUCGAAGCCCUGCAGUGCUGUGCUAGUUGUUAACCAUGCAUUAAUCUAUUUAAUUUGGUGAAUUUUUUGUACAUUUUCAUACCUUGUUUAAAAUGUUCUUGUAUUUGUAUAUGAAUAAACUAAUG